AUGGCAGGCCCAGAUGACAAACCUCCCCGGCUGCUGACCGGUUGCAUCGCUGGUGUCGACAUCCCCGUCUCGCGUCUGAUAUACGGAACUCUCUUCUUGGGCAGCUUGCCUGAAUCCGAAGCAAUGGCCCUGCUCGAUGCCGUGUGGAUGUCGGGCUGCAACGCCUUUGACUGUGCAGCAAUUUACGGUGGCGGUCAGUGCGAACGACGGCUUGGUGAUUGGCUGCGCAGCCGCGGCAUCAAACGAGAGCUGGUCGUGCUCAUUUCCAAAGGCGGCUGCCACGGGCAGGACAAGCUGUGGAGCGCUUCACUUGCGGAGCAUGAACUACUCGAGGCGGAUCUUGAAGGGUCGAUCUCGCGGCUCGGCGUUACCUACCUGGACGUCUAUCUCCUUCAUCGCGAUGAUCCGCAGAUCGCAGUCGGCAGUAUCGUCACGCGCAUGAACAGCCUCAUCGAUGGUGGACGCAUCCGCACUUGGGGCGUCUCCAACUGGUCAAUUGCGCGGAUCGCUGCGGCGCGAAAGUAUGCGUUGGACAAUCAUCUCACGCCGCCCUGCUGUGACUCGUGCCAGAGCUCUCUCGCCGAGCCUCGUGGCUCAGUUUGGCCAGGGACCACCUUCAUCACGGCAGAAACUCGCACAACUUGGUUGCACGCCGCUGGCCGUCAGCCUCAUUUGGCGGGCGGCGUGUCUUUGCUAGGAUGGGAGUGUCUCGCGAAGGGCUUUAUGGCGGGCAAGUGGGGGCAUCACGAUGCAAUCGACGAGGCGCCGCUCGUUCCUGCGCAGGACGACCCAGCAGCCGCCGCCAAGUGGCGAGACGUGCAGCUGCGAUACGCUUACUGUACUCCGACUAAUUUCGCACGGCGCGAGCGCGCGAUUCAGCUUGCGCAAUCCCACGGCGUCGCCCUGCCCACGCUUGCUAUCGGCUACGUUCUCUCGCAGCCGUCGAACGACUUUGCGCUCAUUGGCACGACCACGGCCAGCCACUUUCAGCAAGCUGUUGACGGAGCGUGCUCCACUUCGCGCGUGGCGCGCCUCACGGAGGGGGAGCUGGCAUUUCUCGAACAUGGUGCCACACUCCAAGUCAGAGCAACGCCAUUAACCGAGGAUCUCCCCCUCUUUUAG